AAGUAAAUGAAUUUGGCGAAUAUAAUGAAAUAUUAGGAGAAUAUAUUACAGAAGAUAAUGAUAAAGAACCUGAAGAAGAACCCGAACUUGAACAAAUUCAUGAUUAUACUUUACAAACUCCUGAAAUAACAUGUCAUGUAAGAAAACAAUACGAAUUAUUCCCACCACAUAAUGAACAGUCUGACAUAUUGCCUGAAAUCCAAAUGCUAAUUAAUAGUUUACUAGUUCCCUAA